CCGCUGCUGCUCACCCACGAGGGCGUCCUGCUGCCCGGCUCCAACAUGCGCACCAGCGUGGACUCGCCGCGCAACAUGCAGCUGGUGCGCAGCCGCCUGCUCAAGGGCACCUCGCUGCGCAGCACCAUCAUUGGCGUCAUCCCCAACACGAGCGAUCCGACGUCGGAUUCCGAGGAGCUGCCCUCGCUGCACAGGAUCGGCACCGCUGCCUUGGCCGUUCAGGUGGUGGGCAGCAACUGGCCCAAACCACACUACACACUGCUGGUCACCGGCCUGUGCCGCUUCCAGAUACUGCAGCUGCUCAAGGAGAAGCCCUAUCCCGUGGCCGAGGUCGAGCAGUUGGAUCGACUGGAGCAGUUCACUAAUCAGCAUAAUAAAUCAGAGGAAGAACUCGAAGAGUUGUCAGAACAGUUCUACAAGUAUGCAGUGCAGCUGGUUGAGAUGCUAGACAUGUCUGUUCCUGCCGUUGCAAAACUGAGACGUCUUUUGGACAAUCUGCCUAGAGAAGCUUUGCCAGAUAUACUGACUUCUAUCAUUCGUACAUCUAACCAAGAGAAGCUUCAGAUUUUAGAUGCUGUUAGGCUCGAAGAACGGUUCAAGAUGACUAUACCGUUGCUUGUUAGACAAAUUGAAGGCCUGAAGCUGCUUCAGAAAACAAGAAAGCCCAAACAGGAUGAUGAUAAAAGGGUCGUAGCUAUUCGCCCUACUAGAAGAAUCAAUCACAUUCCAAAUGCUACAGAAGAUGAGGAUGAAGAAGGAGAUCAUGAUGAUGUUGUCAUGCUGGAAAAAAAGAUUAGAUCAUCCAGUAUGUCAGAACAAGCUCUUAAAGUUUGUCUUAAGGAAAUAAAGAGGUUAAAGAAAAUGCCUCAGUCAAUGCCAGAAUAUGCUUUGACCAGAAAUUACUUGGAACUGAUGGUGGAAUUGCCAUGGAACAAGAGUACCAAAGAUCGCCUUGAAAUUCGUGCAGCUCGAAUUCUUUUGGAUAAUGAUCAUUAUGCCAUGGAGAAGCUGAAGAAGAGAGUUUUGGAGUACUUAGCUGUCAGGCAGCUUAAAAACAACCUCAAGGGACCUAUUCUUUGUUUUGUGGGUCCCCCGGGAGUUGGUAAAACUAGUGUUGGAAGAUCUAUUGCCAAGACUUUGGGUCGAGAAUUCCACAGAAUUGCUUUAGGAGGGGUCUGUGAUCAGUCUGAUAUUCGAGGCCACAGACGCACCUACGUCGGCAGCAUGCCAGGUAGAAUUAUCAACGGACUGAAGACUGUUGGGGUUAACAAUCCGGUGUUCCUGCUCGAUGAGGUUGAUAAACUGGGGAAGAGCUUGCAGGGCGAUCCAGCAGCUGCCUUGCUUGAGGUCUUGGAUCCAGAACAAAAUCACAGUUUCACCGAUCACUAUUUAAAUGUAGCCUUUGAUCUGUCCCAAGUCCUUUUUAUAGCUACAGCCAAUACUACAGCUACUAUCCCACCUGCUCUUUUGGACAGAAUGGAAGUCAUUCAAGUUCCAGGAUAUACACAGGAAGAAAAAAUUGAAAUUGCACAUAGACACUUGAUUCCUAAACAACUUGAACUGCAUGGCCUGACUCCACAGCAGAUUCAGAUUCCACAAGUAACCACUUUAGACAUAAUUACCAGGUACACUAGGGAGGCAGGAGUCCGCUCUCUGGAUCGGAAACUGGGAGCGAUUUGCCGAGCAGUGGCAGUGAAAGUGGCAGAAGGACAGCACAAAGAAGCAAAGCCAGAUCGUGCUGAAAUGGCUGAAGAAGAAGAUUGCAAAGAGCAUAUCACAGAAGAUGCAAAAACAGACUCCAUCAGUGACACUGCUGACCUGACUCUGCCACCUGAAAUGCCAAUUUUAAUUGAUUUCCAUGCUUUAAAAGAUAUCCUGGGGCCACCUAUGUAUGAAAUGGAGGUGUCGGAACGGCUGAGUCAGCCCGGGGUGGCCAUAGGCUUGGCCUGGACCCCGCUGGGUGGGGAGAUCAUGUUCGUGGAAGCCAGUCGCAUGGACGGGGAGGGGCAGCUCACGCUCACGGGCCAGCUCGGGGACGUCAUGAAGGAGUCGGCGCAUCUGGCCAUCAGCUGGCUGCGCAGCAACGCCAAGAGAUACCAGCUGACCAACGCUUCUGGAAGUUUUGAUCUCCUUGACAACACUGACAUCCAUCUGCACUUCCCAGCUGGAGCUGUCACAAAAGAUGGACCAUCUGCUGGUGUUACCAUAGUAACCUGCCUUGCUUCACUCUUCAGUGGGCGGCUGGUGUGUUCCGAUGUAGCCAUGACAGGAGAAAUUACACUAAGAGGCCUUGUUCUUCCAGUUGGGGGAAUUAAAGACAAAGUCCUGGCUGCACACAGAGCUGGACUGAAGAGAAUUAUUAUUCCUCAAAGAAAUGAAAAAGAUCUUGAAGAAAUUGCAGUGAAUGUGCGGCAAGACUUGACUUUUGUUAUGGCAAGCUGUCUGGAUGAAGUUCUUAAUGCAGCCUUUGAUGGAGGAUUUUCAGUUAAGCCCAUUGUUGAGCAUUUGAAUAGUAAACUUUAAGUAGACAGGCUAAGAUUAUUUUUGCAUCAAAUUUAAUACUGAUCAAUAAUUAGCAACCAAAGUUGCUUGAUUGUUC